AUGGGCCGGAGAAAGAUUGAGAUCAAAGCUAUCAAGGAUGAUCGUAACCGUUCAGUGACAUUCCUUAAGCGAAAAGGUGGACUGUUCAAGAAGGCGCACGAGUUGGCCGUUCUUUGUUCCGUCGAUGUCGCCGUCAUUAUCUUUGGCCAAAACAAGAAACUCUAUGAAUACUCCUCGUGUGACAUGCACGAUGCUCUCGGUCGCUAUCAAUAUUUCGGCCCACCCCAUGAGCACAAAGGUCCCGAUGACUUCGCUGGUAAGCGCGAUGACGAUGAUGAUGAAGAUGAGACGACUCCCGCACCCGAAGAAAUCCAAGCCCAGCAGCCUCAUCCCGUUGUUCCGCCUCAUCUCCAACAGCCCGGUUUCCAGCACAUCAAUCACGCCCCGUCCGCCUCUCCCCCGAUCGUCCAUAAUGGUCUUCCGAUAACGCGCCAUGGUACACCACAGUCACAAGUGUCUCGUCCAUCGUCUAGAAACCAUGCCCGUCGUGUCAGCUCGAAUCUUGGACCACAUGGUCAUGCCACGCCGCCUCCACCUCAAAAUGGAUACUAUGUGGCUAAUCCCUCAAUGUACAACCCGAAUGUUCACUCUGCAAUGAAUCAGCCUCGCCCCGGACAAUACGCUCAAUACGGUCAUCCUCCCCAUGGUCCACAAGGAACACCACCUCAAAUGCACCAGCAGCAUGCCCAAGGCCAGCCAGUUCAUCAUCCUCAAGCUCCUCAACAUUUCCAACAUGCACAGAUCGUCGCGCAACAACAAAUGGGAAUGAGGCCAGUUUCGCAUGGUCCAGUCCAGCAGGUACCGCAACAGCCUUAUAUAACGGAGCCGGGUAGGGGGUCGAUGCCUCCAGCGUUUGCAGAACAUCAUUCAGAACGAACGGUACCGGUUCCCGAGAACUCCCAGGAUAACGCGGCGGGUGGAAUGAAGCCAGAACAUAGCCAGUCGCCGCCACAGCCAAGAGCCUUGUCCAAAUCUCAGUCCCGUAGCAUCUUCACCCCCAUUGAUGAUCGUGGGUCCGUCCUUGCGCGCCAAUUUGGAUUUUAUGAUUCUCCAUCCGGUCAAGGGAACCAGCUGUUGAGGCCAGAGCCCCCACAGGAGAAUCUGCGCAAUUCAAAGAAGGGUACAGCCUCGGAGCCUCCGCGCUCACAGUCGAUACCAUCCGCAGCGGAGAUCAAGCCACCUUCACGCACGAAUAGCGGCGCUCUUACAUCCAAGCGACCGCAGUUGAAAGUCCAGAUUCCCAGCGAAAGCUCUGAUCGGGGUAGUGCAACGGGAGAAUCCUCCUCCCGCGACUCUGCUGGCAAUAAAACGGUGACUCCUGCCAAGGACAACCCUCCUGCCGGAGUUGUGCUACCACCGCCAUCCCCGUCUGCAGGAGCAAUUCUCAGUGCUGGUGCGCAAGGUCCACCUAAUCCGUUUGCCCGGCCGCCUCCACCCGGGGCUACGGGGCAAACGAACUACGGCAACAAUGGUAACAACGCCGGGAACAGCGGCAGUAACUCGAACAACAUUGAAACUCCAAUCUCCGCUCUUCCGAGUCGGUUUGUCUCUGAUAAUCUCCUCCCGUCACCUUCCAGCUUCUUCCCUGAAUGGGGUUUUGGUCGUUCUGGACCGGAUUCCAACCUCUUGCCGAGUCCUCUAACCUUCCCGACACCAGCGGUCCCAAGUGGGCCGAGUUUCUCGCGGGAAGAUGAGCAGGAUAAGAAACGCAAGAGUCCCGAUGGCGGGCAUCCCGCUGAUGGAGCAAACAAGAAGCCGAAGCCCUAG